AUGGACCCCACUGUCCAGUUUAUGUGUUCUGUGGAGGCUUCAACACGGGAGUCCGAACUUGCUUGUGCACAGGAGCUUGCGGACGAAGCCAAGGAAGAGCCUGAUUAUCAGGCAGCCCUUGCGGCUUCUCUCAGUCACUCUCCACCACACAACGACACUCAUUCCUCUCCUUCAGACUUUGCCUCCACCUCACGUGUUACCUCCUUGCACUUUGCCUCCUCCUCGCGUAUCGCCUCCUCACAUGUUGCCUCUUCCUCACGUGUUGCCUCCUCACGUUCUGGCCCAUUGUCCCUGGUUCAUUUUACACCCUCAGCACCACCCCCCAGCGCUAGCGCCAAGGCUCCAAAGCACACAACCCAUCUUCGUUCUGAAUGGAUGCGGGGUUACGAAGACAAGACGUCACAAUCGUUGAAGAAGCAAGGGCGAGUGCAGGGUGAUGUGGCACUGCUCCACAAAUUUUUUAUCAUGUUCUGGCGACAGGAUGGUGCACCACCUGAGGUUCUAUCAGUGCAAGUUUUACAGGGGUGGCCAACAUGGACGUUAGCACAAUGCCCAAAGACCCUGGAGAAGCUUGGAACCGAAGUGCUUGACGUCUACAACAUCCCCAAGGCUUCGGCAUGA